GGGUUAGGAUAUUUGUUACCCAACCGUAAAUCAAACCGUUCCCUAACAGAAAUUAAAAAUCUUCUUCUCAAAAUGGCUUCCACAAUCAUACCUAUUUGCGCUGUCGGAAUCCAAGCGUGUGCCGGCUCCGGCCACCGGGGAUCUGAUUCCGAUCGCCGGAAAAGUUCUUCCUCAAACUGGUGGACCCCGCUCUUCGGUUGGUCUUCCGAACCGGAUUAUAUUGAUUCUGAAAAUAAAGCACCGAAUCGGCAGCCAGAUAAGUCGGAGUCCGAUCCGGCGUUGAAGCCGUCGAAACUGCGCUUCGCCGGUGGUCUCACGGAGGAGAAGGCGAGGCAGCUUAGAAUGAUGACCGUUGGCACUGAAUCAUUUCACGAUACGAUGUAUCACUCUGCCAUCGCUUCUCGACUCGCCUCCGAUUUCAAUGCCCGCUCCGAUCUGUAAUUUCCCGGCGCCGGCUACACACGCGUCAUAUCACAGAUUCACGUGACGCAGCUUACUAUUUUUUGUUGUAUUUUUCUGGAUUUUCUGUAUCCAGAUUUUAGGGCUUUUUUUUAACAUCCAGAUUUUAGGGCUUUUUUUAAGAUCCAGAUUUUAGGGGUUUGACGUAAGCGUCGACGCCAAGAAAUGUAUAAUGGUUUAGCGUUUGGAUAGUUCUCAAUAUCAACUGAUUCGAUCAUUUUCUUUUUUUGGAAAAUUGAUUCAAUCAUUAUGUAUAUAGAUGAUGAUAAUAAUAAUAAUAAUAGUUUUGAAUUUAAAUAUAA